AUGUCAUCAAGGAAGAUAACUAACAUCAACACGAGUUCCUCCGAAGACGACGAGGGCCGGUACGCGAAGAUCACGGACGAGAAGAAGAGGAAGAGAAUGAUAUCGAACCGCGAAUCCGCGAGGCGGUCGAGGAUGAAGAAGGAGCAGCACGUCAAGGAGUUGAACGAGCAGGUCGUGUAUUUCCGGUCCAAAAUCGACGAGAUUGUUCGGAAGAUAAACGAGGUCGGGCCGAGGUACGCGGCCAUCGAGUCCGAGAACAGAGUACUGAGAGUGCAGGCUGAGGAGCUGGGCAGGAGGCUGGAGCUGUUGCAGCAACUGUUGGUUUCUUGCGAGAAGUCGCGCGAUGACGCGGCGGAUGUUUUGCAGGAGCCAUGGCUGCAGCUUGCUGCUUUUCAGUCUCAGGCAGCUGUUGAUGGGAUUUACCAGUUUUGA